UGCUCAAGUGAACAGGCACCAGCCACAGUUCUAGCGACAUUUUGUAUUCACACGUUUCAUAAGGACGAUAAGCGUUUCGAAUUCUAUAUUUAGGGUUCCUGGCUGCUUCCAAGGAGAGAGUAAUAAUAUCUGGCUUUCGACAUUGAAUACGCGUCCUUCUCUCCAGCUCUCGGACUCCUAUAGAGGCCAAUCGAACAGAAGGCCAAAAACCCAGGUGCAGGCCGGACGUUGAAGCAGAUCAUAUCUCUUAGCGGAGUUUAGUCAUCAGAGCUAAUCGGCGAUUGUCUCGUCAUUUGAUCCUUAUGAUCGUUUUCUACCUGGGCAUAAUCUAAACAGUAUUACCAGCAUUGGAAUUGAGCACGCUACAAUGAAACGCACGACUGUGCCUCGUGUGUUUAGUGUUUUUUUUGCGAUCGUGGUCAUGUGGGGAUUGUCACAUACUGCUGACGGAAAACUGCGACAAAGAGUUGUACGGCUGGGAGAGAUUACCUUGCAUCUGGAACGCUAUGGGGAUAAUCACCCUGAACCCAUAAAAAUGGGAAUCGACUCUAAUUGCGAUGACGGUAAGACAAAUCUUACGUUGGAUUGGCCGGAUCCUGGAACGCUGUUAUGUUCCUCUCGAAACUCAAAAUAUCCGCUGUACGGGAAACUGCAAAACAAGAAAGAAUGUAUAAAUCUUCCUGCUAACUACCACGACCAUUAUAGUCCCGACCAUUACUGUAUGUAUACGGAGGUGACGUACGACCACGUGAUCCCUGUAAUAGAGGGGCAUCGACCCGUGUGGCCAAUAUUUGGUGAAUACUAUCACGUACCUCGCCAGCGGUACCUUCACUCUAUCGAGCAUGGUAGCGUGGUAAUGCUGUAUCACCCAUGUACGGCUGAGCACCUUGUAGCGCGGCUGCGAUCACUGGUUACCCGAUGCGUCAGAAAAUACGUCAUUUCUCGCGAGCCACUUCUCGAUCCCAAUUACCCUAUCGCCUUAGCCGCUUGGGGAUGUCGUCUUCAAAUGAACAGCGUUAAUGACACCGAAGUUAUAGAAUUUAUCAAGACGUACGCUCUUCAUGGCCCAGAAAAGCUCUAUGAGAGGGAGGGACAAUACAAUUAUACGUUGUUCCGCACGGCUUUUUAUCCUCCGGGAAUGCUUGAAAACCCUUCAAAGCCAGCACAAGGGCAAAAGAUGACAGUGUGUCCAGCACAAUCUCUGGAAGGUCAUUUUCAGGUAUAUGACAAAGAUCACGAAGUGCCAAUAGGCACAGACUCGUCAAAGUAUGCCCAUAUGUUUGCAUUUUUAGACAGUGCCACUAUUAAUACUGAACAGUUUUCCGAAGAUUAGCUGCCAAUCAUGAACUAUGAAAUACAAGCAGGAUCCUAUUGGCUUCAGUGAACGUUUCAACGCACUUCACCAAAGGAUUAACAGAUGUAUUUAUCUAUUUCGACCGAUAUCGAUGUUGGUUUAACAAUAUGGUUGACUGAUGAGAUGCAGCAAUCGCCGAAAGAAGAUCUAAAAACAAACAAGCAAAAACAAACGUAGGUUAAGAGUUAUUUGUCUGCAGAAUUGUACAAUUGACAAUGACGACGUUAAAUUAAUCGUAGUCAUGUAAAUGGUUAUAAAUGAAGUAGAAGCUUCUGUCAUUGUACUGUUGAUUUAUUUCGCCAAUUUAUUAUCGAUUAUGUCAUGUCACAGUUGAGGUGUUUUUUUAUAGUUUCAACCAUUGCUGCACCCAAACGUAGACUACGUUGAACGAUAAGAAAGUGUAUGAACCAGCUGAUCAAUAACAGAUAGCGAGAAAUUUCGUACUUGUGCGACAGCAGAUAGUCAGUAUUGCAGCGACAUUGCCGUUAUGUUUCGUUCCUGCAUGUGGAAAAACCUCUACUAGAGCUGCAAGAGGGAACUAGUAUUUUGCUCCGCGUAUGUAAAGAGCGCAGUAGAGCUUUUUCAUUUAACGAGGAUUGAUGCGGCUUUGCUUUUCACUUACGUUAAUAGUUUCAAUCUAAUCGUUAGUCGGUCGAAACAGCCCUAAUGUUCAAUCGCCUUUAAAGUCGAGUUCCUACAUAUCUUUGUUUAUAAAAAGUAUUUCUAAAAAUUAAUCAUAAUAGAUUAUUGGGCUCUUUGCUAUCUUCAACACAUGAAUCAUGUACAUUUGACGUCGUAAAGUGUCAAUAAAUUUGAGUAUCAAUAAUAGACCUAUCUGGUAUCUAUUGAUUUUAUUGAGACAGUUCUGGUCUCUCUCGCUCUAUUGCGGAUCUGCAAUAGGCUGGUUUGUUUAGGUGCAAUUGGCUGACCUACUAUUCAGCCUCCUAGGCGUUGCAGAAGGGAGCCUGCCAAGCAAUGUGUAAUGCAUCAAACUCUGUCGAGAAUAGUUAAUUAAAGGUAAUCAAUGGCGACUUAAAAUCAAAAAAAAAUUAUACAUUCUCUAUCGACAUUACAGGAAAAGUGCUGCGGUUACUGAGUGUGACUUCAGAGCCCGCGUAAUACCUUAAUUCAUACUAACACAAUCAUAAAUACUAGGUUUAAGCAUUCGUGAAAAUAAAAUGUCUAAGGAUCUGGUUUUUAGCUUUCAACGAUGGAUCAGCUCCAUGGAAAAAUUGCAUUUCUAAUUGACUGGGAAGUGCUGUAGCUUCGUUUUCAAAAAAAGAACCAAUGCACGCAAAUGGAUUUAUGUCAAUACAAAAAUUCUAAAACAUUUUAAAACUAAAAUGAUAUACGACUCACAGUGGAUACAGCGUUUGUUUUUGUACACCACAGAUUGUAAUAGGCCUUCGUAUAGUUAACAGAAAGACUCUGUAGCCUAAAAGCAAUUUUUUAGAUAAAAAAAUAGGCUUAUUUAAUAAAUUAUUACACCUCCAAACUACUUAUACAAACGUAUCAGAAGAGUGUUAAUACGUAGAACUAUCAACUCUAGUAAUUUCGAAUAAUCAAGACCAACUGUUAUCAGUAUUUUUUUUUCAUAUGAUUUUCUAGCCUUCGAAAUUUGCUCAAGAAGCACUCAAUCCUCUCGCGGUUGAAAGACAUUAAUUUGUACACACUUCAGAAUUUUGUUGGCGUAUGUAAUAAAUAAAGGUCCGUUCUUAAGUAAUCUCGGGUUGUAUUUUACAGAAAAGAGGUAAAGCAAAUAAUUACUCAGAAGAACAGCAGCAUAUCAGAAUCACUGGUGGCUUACGGAAAUACGGAGACAAAACUUCCAGCAGUACAAGCAGCCACCGAUAGUGAGGCGAUCGAACGGAUCGCCAACAUAAAGUACCCACCGUUACAUCAACGGGUUGGAACAGGUAUCUUCUUUUACCACUACCGCCAACUAGCGGGAAUUUUGUGAAUUAAGUCUUACCAGCGGUGGCCUCAAAUGCGGCGGCUCACGUCCAGCCAGAAGUUGAUCCCAGAGUAGUUGACGGGGCGCGUCUUCCACAAGACACUAAGAAUUAUUUGAUAAAACUGCAAGAAUGCUACAACGUUAGCGCUUCUUAAGCUGACAGCUUAUCAGAUAUCGAUAUCCUCCUGCUGACGGAAGCCUGGGCAACGUGCCCAUUUAGUCUCUUCUGUUUUUACGCCCUGAAGCUCUAUCGCUACCCUCUAUCUUCUUCUUUAUCAUAGCUAGCUUUAAAGCUCGUUUAAGCCGGACUGUCUCAAAUGGCAUAUCAGCGCUCAGAGACAAGCUUAUAGGCUAUAGUCGCUGAAUAAUUAACGCAAGUUCCAUGCCCAUUUGAGGAACACGCCGAAGGAUUGCUUAUUGAUGUGUUUACAACGAAGAUUACCUGAGAAAAAAUUCGCUUCACUAGAAGAAAUGGCUCGCCGAAUGAGGGCGGAUGUGUAUACAAAUACUCAUUCCGAUCGCUCCAAGAUGUCGGUGGGAACAUCUUGGACCUCCAAAGACUUUCCCCCGCCAAGUUGUCUGGAUGUUGGGAAUUUUCAGACCGAGCACACGUAGUCAUCCCAAUACCCUGUGUCAUCACCAUGAAGAGCUAUGUGCAACACCUCAUCGAAAUCAUCCUGUCAUCCGUCUAAAAAACAAACCCUGGUUCGAUGAUCUUCGUCGCGUUAAUUGAUGAGCCACGAACACAGACUGCUACCAAAUAUGCACGCCAUAACCGUUUUCGUUAGAGCUUAAUGGGUAACGUAUUUGCCUGCUAAUCUUAAGGACACGUUGUGGUCUAGGGUCGAACCUGACAUAGACAGACAUCGUUUCGUGUUGGGAACCAGCCGUCUGAUGGAGUACCUUAAGGCGAUGCCGGAAAUAAAGCUCAAAAUAUAGAGGCUGCAGUUCAUCCUAUGGAAGAGGCGCCAAGUAUCUGCCAAAUAAUACACGUCAUACGAUAAAGAUAUCGAAAAGUCGACAAAUAGCAAAAGCAUAGCGGCAGCCAUACGAACUGCUAACACACCGUGGAUCGACCACAUGUCCAAUAAGCUCAAUUGCACUAAUGAAUCACUCUGCUAGUGUGUUUUCGACGAGUGAUAAAUCUUAAAUGGGCUCAUUGUUCUCUGCGAGCGGUAAUGAGAAAUUCACGACAGAGCACAGUCUGCUCGAGCAAAUUUUUACCAUGCUAAACGUUUUGCAAGCCCUGGAAAAUCUGCAGAGGAACGAGGCAGGAGGCUCUGAGUGCUCUCGCUCUAGUUUCGCUGGACUGCUUCCCUUAAGGGCUAAUUACGUGCUCGCAUUUUGCCGGCUUUAUGGAGAGAUAUUCUGCUAUGCCAUCGACGUGGUGCAAAGACGCUAAGAAGACCAUAUGCUAUAGACUUCUUGCCGGUCUGAUGAUCAAGAGACUGCUCGCCUUUUUAGAGAAUAGGAAACCUAUAUCAACAAAGGAAAAAGGGAAUAGCGCUUAACGGAGACAGCAUGCGGCGUCUUCAUGAUCGACAUCAAAAAAGCACUCAACAAUAUGUCGAGCAUUUCAUACAUGUAUAGGAAAUCGGUCCUGCGUACCUUGACGAACCUGGUCGCACCAUAAAAUGCGCUAGCUCUGCUGGCUGCAAUCUUACUAGAAAACAAUGUGAGUAUUGAUGACGGAAUGCUGGAACUACGCCCCUUUUCCGUUCCAAAGGAGUGCCCUGGCCCUAGGUCAUAGUCUGAGGCUCUCUGUGUUCUCGGUCUUACUUGAACGUCUUCUUGACAAAAUAGAAAGAAUCUGGUUGAAGUUACCCUUCGCGCGAAUAAUCUGGCAAUUUACAAACUUAAUAGAUUUCAAGUGCAGCAGUCGCUGACUGAGUUUCAGAUGGCAGUAAAAAGACUGAAAUGGACCAAUGUAAGACAAAGUCUGUAAAGAUCAAAAAGGGGAAGGGCCACGACGCUGACAAAACACUCUUUUGCUGGAUCCCUCCUUCGAUACGUUAACAGGUUUCUGUAUCUUGGGCUGCGCAUCUUUUUUGAUUGUCACAGCUUUACCUCGCACAUUACGGAAAAACGCUGACUGCAUGGUGUGAGAUCAAGGUACCCAGUUGCCUUUUCCUCAUAACAGCACUUCGUAAAGUAAAUCUAAUUUGGGAGGACCUUACAAUAGGAAAUGUCGAACUACUUAACUGAGCGAAAGCUUUCUUUUUGGAUCAUCCUUUGGGUCUUCAUCGUACGGUAAGAAACCGACUGGAUUACCUCUAAUUAGCACCCUGUCACUUUUCUAGGAUAUCGCAUUCUGUAUUCUGGAACCUUCGUGUGUCUCAGCAAGUGGGAGCAGAUGUUCGCCGAAACAGACGGUGAAUUUUUCAGAACGGGCGCGAUUAGGGAUAAUAACUAGACAAAAACGGAGCAGACAUACUACAUGUAGUCACUCGUUUCGGGAUUCACGGACUCCACUGAAAAUUAUAUACGGACGGGCGCUUCCAUAAACCUAGCGAGGAACGUAUCUGUAGUAAAUGUGGAAAGAACUGUGAUAUGUACUUUGCAGGCUGCUGCCUCGUGGUGCCCCCUCGGGAGCCUGGCUUAUUGAGGCUACCGAAGAAUGCGUUACUAUAUCGCGAAUUUUUAAUCCUUUUGAACUUUCUCUAAGCCUAUAAAUAUUACAACUUAAGGGGUACAAAAAUGACUGAUCAUAUCUUGUAAUACAAAUGCAUAUAUAUUGUCGUUGCUGUGGAUCCUUUUUGUAUCUUUAUACAAAUAUAUUGAUAUGUACCGUCAAAACCAUUGUAUCAUUAUAUUAUACCUGAUCUAGAAGCACAACAAUAGUAGGUCUGCAAGAUGUAGUAGAUCUGCAAGAUGUUCUAAGCUUAGCUCAAGGGUUUGUUUAGUGAAAUUCACUAUGCCACUGUUAGAUGGUUCUAAUUCAGAUUUUAUUAUCCAGUUAAUGACAAAUAUGAAUGAAAAUGAUUAAAAUAUUUUUAUGUGACCUACCCAGGUUCGGGGCUAAUGUUCUCUCAGCGCGUCUAGCUGACGUUAUGCAUCUUCCUUUCUUCCUAUUCAUUCCGUACAUCCAAUGACAAACUCUAGGUACUUUAUCCGCAUAAGUUGGAUGGUAAGGGGAAAACUUGGAACAUCUUCGUGCAAAUCAAUAAACCUAGGAUCUUGCUAAGGUUUCUAAAUCUGUAUCAAAUCAUACAAAGUAGGUUGUAGAUAUGAAGCUUAAAAUGAGUACUUUCAAAGACCCGAACCCAAUAUUCAUUCAGAGAGUCUUAGCUUCACAUUCUAUUUGCGAUACCAUGUAUUUGACUAUCUCAAAUGAGGAGCACAUCAGUUCCAUCGACGCUAAAAACUAUGACAUAUCACUCUUUUAGUUCAGACGUCACUUUAUCAAGCUCUAAACCGAUGUUAAUAUAUUUGAGCUAGACGUGUAUUCAGCAAUCUCGACAACCGUCUCCGCAUAAUACUACUUAAUCAGUGCAAUAGAUCGCGGGAAAAAUGGUGGAGUUGCCCUGAGAUUUGAGACAGUUAGGUAAUCCAUAGAAUCAAACCUGUGAGGAUACAACGAAGUAUCUGUCUAUGGACACCAACAGCUGUUAUAUAUUAGAAGCAUACUACUUAAUGACGGGACGGCAGACGCUUGACGUAAUCUCUAAUGAUAAUUCCGGGGAAGCGGCGUCAUCUGAGUAGCUAAUGCGCACCUUUUUAAAUGCGCAGCUACGGAAACUAUAAUUAACAAGCAUGCUGCCACGGUGAUUCAAAUGUCAAAGUUGGAACAAAUUAUUACCAGAUAUUAAUGAUCAGGAAAAUAAAUACAGAUAGGAAAUAAAAUACAGAUAGGAAGUUAAGAAAGAUAAGGGAUUGUUAUUGGAUAAGCUAAGAGCUGAUUUUAUGGUUGCUAUGUAUAGUAGAACAUUGGUUUUAUUCCUAAUGGGGCCAAGUUCUUAGUGCUGCACCUAAAAAUAGGUGAUUCCGAGGAUUUGUUCGCAUAGGAUGCAUACCUACUACUGUUAAGUGCAAACAAACAAAAAAGACAGUUCUGGACGUUUCUGACCGAAAGGUGCAUAAGCAGCAUAAUAUAAAAUGAAUGACUUGUACUUAGUAGGCAACCGCAAUGCCAUCUUUCGUCACCUUUGUUUAGACUCCUCAACUGUUUUCUUUAUACAGCACGCUAACAUCGUGAGUUCAUCAUUAUAUAAAACAGGUACAAAAGA